AUACGGAAGACAAAAUUAUGGGUUACUGUACUUUCUUACUUGUUUGUUUCGGGGGAUGGAAUGCUUUAACGUGGCAACUAUGCAACCGGGACCGUUGCGGGGACGAGCUGCUACUAACGGCUGACUGGGAGUUUUGUAUUAGCUAACGUUCGCCAAUGCUUCUGGUGCGGGCAUUUGUGCUGGUGCACUGUUACUGAAGCUGAGCAUACGAAGUGCCAGGCCCUGUGGGGUGGCAGCUGCUCUGCACCAUGUCCAAGAGCAAGAGCUCUGAGUCGGUCAAGGUGGUGGUUCGUUGUCGCCCUAUGAAUGAAAAAGAGCGGGCAGCCAAGUUUGAAAGGGUGGUCUCUGUUGAUGUUAAAUUGGGCCAAAUUAUUGUCAAGAACCCCAGAGAGGCUUCAGCCAAUGAACUCCCCAAAGUCUUCACUUUUGAUUCAGUCUACGACUGGAACUCCAAACAAAUAGAUUUAUAUGAUGAAACCUUCAGGCCUCUGGUAGAUUCAGUUCUUUUUGGGUUCAAUGGAACCAUUUUUGCCUAUGGGCAGACAGGUACAGGGAAAACAUAUACUAUGGAGGGUGUGAGAAAUGAUCCGGAGAGGAGAGGGGUGAUUCCUAACUCCUUUGAGCAUAUCUUCACUCACAUUUCACGGUCCCAAAAUCAGCAAUACCUGGUGAGAGCAUCAUAUCUAGAAAUUUACCAAGAGGAGAUCAGAGACUUGCUCUCCAAAGAUCAGUCACGUCGUCUUGAGCUCAGGGAGAGGCCUGACACAGGUGUGUAUGUUAAAGACCUUUCAUCGUUUGUCACCAAGAGUGUGCGGGAGAUCGAACAUGUCAUGAAUGUGGGCAACCAGAAUCGUUCAGUGGGUGCAACAAACAUGAAUGAACACAGCUCCCGUUCCCACGCCAUCUUUGUCAUCACCGUGGAGUGCAGUGAGUUGGGUGUAGAUGGGGAGAACCAUAUCAGAGUUGGCAAACUGAACCUGGUAGAUUUGGCCGGUAGUGAAAGACAGACCAAGACUGGUGCUCAGGGAGAAAGACUUAAAGAAGCCACAAAGAUCAAUCUGUCACUUUCCGCUCUGGGGAAUGUCAUAUCAGCUCUGGUGGACGGCAGGAGCAGCCACAUCCCUUACCGAGAUUCAAAACUCACCCGUCUGCUGCAGGACUCCCUGGGGGGCAAUGCCCGCACUGUUAUGGUUGCCAACAUUGGACCAGCAUCCUACAAUGUGGAGGAGACCUUGACAACAUUGCGCUACUCCAACAGAGCUAAGAACAUCAAGAAUAAACCACGAAUCAAUGAGGACCCCAAGGAUGCCCUGCUCAGGGAGUUUCAGGAGGAGAUCGCAAGGCUGAAGGCACAGCUGCAAAAGCGCUCAGGAAAGAAGAAAAAGAGGAGGCAGAGAAGGAGAGCUGGGGAAGGGAGCGAUUAUGAGGAUCUGGAAGAAGGAGAGACAGAGGAUGAUGAGGAAGAUGGGGAUGAUAAGGGGGAUUACUGGCGGGAACAACAGGAGAAGUUGGAGAGAGAGAGAAAAGCUAUCAUGGAGGAUCACAGUCUGGUGGCUGAGGAGAAAGUUCGACUGCUGAAAGAGAAGGAGAAGAAAAUGGAAGAUCUGAAGAGGGAGAGGGAGGCUGGAGAGAUGCUCGCAGCCAAAGUAAAGGCAAUGGAGAGUAAGCUCCUGGUAGGGGGGAAGAACAUUGUGGAUCACACCAAUGAGCAACAGAGAAUGUUGGAGCAGAAGAGGCAGGAAAUCGCUGAGCAGAAACGGCGAGAGCGGGAGAUGCAGCAGCAGAUGGAGAGUCGUGAUGAAGAGACUCUGGAGCUGAAGGAGACCUAUAGCUCUCUACAGCAGGAGGUCGACAUCAAAACCAAGAAGCUGAAAAAGCUGUUUGAAAAACUGCAGGCGGUGAAGGCAGAAAUCCUGGACGUCCAGGAUGCACACAUCAAAGAACGCCAGGAUCUGGAACAAACUCAGAACGAGCUCACCAGGGACCUCAAACUCAAGCAUCUUAUCAUUGAGAACUUCAUUCCCUUAGAAGAAAAGAACAAAAUAGUCAACAGGGCUUACAUUGAUGAGGAGGAUGAAUACUGGAAAAUGAAGCCCAUCACACGUAUAGAGGAUGACCAUCAGAUGAUGACGAGGCCUCUCUCUGCUGUCGGCUACAGGAGGCCUCUCAGUCACCAUGCUCGCAUGGCCAUGAUGAUGAGGCCUGACAUGAGAUACAAGGCUGAAAACAUCCUGAUGCUGGACAUGGACCUGCCGGCACGGACCACUAAAGAGUAUCAGGAGCCAGUUAUCGCCCCAACGGUGGCAGCAGCUCUGGAGGACGCGCUGAGGGAUGAGGAUGAGAUCCAGGUGGAUGCCUCAGACUUUCACAGCAGCUUGGGACCAAUCCCACCUGCCAGCACAAGCAGCAGCCUCAAGAAACCAAAGUCUGGUCGACCAAGAACAGGCAAGAAGUCGAGCGCUCCGACCUCUCCUUUCAGUCCCUCCAGUCCAGGAUCCCCACUUUACCCACAAUCUCGUGGCCUGGUGCCCAAGUAACAGUUUGUACCACUGAUAUCACCACCAACCUCUCUUGUGCACCUUGCCACUUUGGGACUCAACUUUGAGAGAAUGGAUUUUGUUUUGUCUGUUGUGUUUUUUUUUUUGUCAAGAUGACAGAAUUUUAGAUUCUGCACGUGAUAGAGAAAACUUCAAGAUUAAAGCUGCUUUGUAGGUUUAAACUGUAACCACACCACUAUUAACUGUUGUUGUCGUGAGUUUUUCUUCUUGGAGAUUUGAAACCCCUCCUUGUAUUGACAGUGAGUCAGUACAAUACUGGGACAGCAGCCACGCAUGAAGCCUCUCAUAUCUCUGCACUGCUGUUAUCUUUCCCUAACAUUUGGCUAAAUGCCACUGAUGUCUUACGUGUCACAAUGUUCUUAAUGUACAGAAAAAAUGACCGUGGGCUUAGACACCCCCCUCAUGAUGGACUGCAGUAUCUUCAAUGCACUACUUCAUAUCUUUCCAGAUCUUUGUUGUGUUGUUCUCUCUCAGACGUAGAGGGUCAGGAUGGACGUAAAGAUACGUGGACUUGGCGGCUCUGCUGCUCGCCGACAGACUUGUUGUUUGUCAGGCCACGUAUCUUCACGUUGAUGUCAGAAUAUUGAACUUGAAGGUUUAAGUCAAACUGUGCUGUUUUUUCCAUUGUUGAACUGAUGAUGUUAGAAUAUAGCUUUAAGUCUCUUGUG